GCCAUAAAGCCUGUGUGGAUUCCUAGUAAGAUGGAUGCUCUACAUAAGUUGAAGAUCUUGGUGAUGUUUCUGUCUCUGGCUACUUUCAUGAUCAUGGUGAUAAUGAAUGCUGGAAAUGCCACUGGGACUUUCAAAGGUCUGUUCAGGACAACCCCUGGAAACAUCUCAGCCAAGUACAGCACAGAUUUCACACCAGCUGGCUGGACUUUCCUCAUCUGGAACGUCAUCUACGCCUGGCAGCUCGCCUGGCUGCUCUACGCCUUGUCAGGGAUCUGCCGAAGGAAUGAACUUGGAUAUGUCUUCAUAAAGCCAGACUUGCUGCCAAUACCUUUUUAUGUGGCGUGGUGUCUGAAUAAUGGCCUCAAUGUUGGAUGGCUCUUUCUGUGGGACCGAGAAUACCUCCUUCCAGCCCUGGUGUUCCUGGCAGUCCUGUCCCUUACCACAUGUGCCUGCUUGUUUGUUUCCCACCGAGCCUUGAGCAUCCAUUCCUCGUGGUUUGUGAAGGCUCACAAGGCUGAGCUCUGGCUCAUCCGCAUUCUGGUGCAGAACGGGCUGGCUCUGUACCUGACGUGGACCAGCAUCGCCACGCUGCUCAACUUCACCGUCGUGCUCAUCCACAAGUGGAACGUGCCCAACGAGAAAGCAACCACUGCUUCCCUGAGCAUCCUGGCUCUCAGCCUGGUGAUAUGGUUUUAUCUAGAAAACUACCUGCUUGACAAGUACGUCCGCUACAACCUCACAGUCUACCCCGUGGUCAUAGCAGCUCUGACAGGCAGCGCCUGUGGGAACGGCUCCUUUUCAUCCCCACAGACCAACCACGUUUUCAUAGUUGUUCUGCUGGCACUGACGUGCUUGAUCUUUGCUGUUCGGCUGGGACUGGUCAUGUGGAGACACUGGAAGAGACCACUGGAAGCAUGAGAACCCUGAGGUCCAUCAGGCACAGUGGCCUGAGACCUCUGGCACAUGGUGGCUGAUACUUGAAAAGGGAGAAAAAAGAAUUGGGCAUGUGCUGGCCCUUCCUUCCUGCAUCCACUCCCUUCUGCAUUUCUCUCUUAUUCUCUGUUCCAAAUGCAGAUGUCUUGUGUCUGCAAAUGUGUCUUGCUCCCACA